AUGACGAGCAAGCUGCGGCCGAUGACGAGCAAGCUGCGGCCGAUGACGAUCAAGCUGCGGCCGAUGACGAGCAAGCUGCGACCGAUGACGACCAAGCUGCGGCCGAUGAUGACCAAGCUGCGGCCGAUGACGACCAAGCUGCGGCCGAUGACGAGCAAGCUGCGGCUGAUGACGAGCAAGCUGCGGCCGAAGACGAGCAAGCUGCGGCCGAAGACGAGCAAGCUGCGGCCGAAGACGAGCAAGCUGCGGCCGAAGACGAGCAAGCUGCGGCCGAAGACGAGCAAGCUGCAGUCAAAGACGAGCAAGCUGCGGCCGAAGACGAGCAAGCUGCGGCCGAUGAUGAGCAGGCUGCGGCGGAUGACGAGCAAGCUACGGCCGAAGACGAGCAAGCUGCGGCUGGAGACGAGCAAGCUGCGGCCGAUGACGACCAAGUUGCGGCCGAUGACGAGCAAGUUGCGGUCGUUGACGAGCAAGCUGCGGCCGAUGACGAGCAAGGUGCGGCCUAUGACGAGCAAGCUGUGGCCGAUGACGAGCAAGGUGCGGCCGAUGACGAGCAAGCUGCGGCCGAUGACGAGCAAGCUGCGGCCGAAGACGAGCAAGCUGCGGCCGAAGACGAGCAAGCUGCAGAAAUGUGACAUGCCGCAGCUGAAGGAGCUGGAUGUGCUUCUGAAGCAUGGUCACAAAACAUUGGAUUCACCCAUCACGUCGCUUGUUGCGCCUCUUGCGCCCCCCCUUAUCACCAUGCCGCCGUCUGCUCUUGGUGUGCCUCCUCUCGCUGCUGCUGUCACUCCCACAGUAGUCACCCUCACUGCUGCUCCCAUCGCUCUCACUGCUGCUCUCAUGCCUUCCCCUGUGGUGCUUUCUCCGUGA